AUGGUGUCUACUACCUCAUUCCGCAGACUCCCAUUUCAUCGCGCUGAAACUGUCCAGAUGCGCGAUCGCAUCGAACGGGUUACAGAGGAUCUGAAAGAAAUUCAAACCAUUCUGUCGAUAGGUAUAUCUUCGAAGCGAACGCGAAGAUUAAGAGAAUACAUAACCACCGAACUGGGAUCGCUUAGUGAGCAACCAUUCGAUCUCUAUUACCAAGAAGAAAAAGUCGACUAUCUUCUUCUCAAAAAUUAUCUGGAACGACAGCUCCGCGACCUUGAAUUGAAUGUGGAACGGGACGAGAAAGCGACACCCCUACUGCCGUUUGCUGCAGCAUUGGUCGAAUUAUGCGAGGCACGGGAGAAUGUGGUACCAAUGAUACCAAAGGAUGUUGCUGGCAUAUUGUUUCGGACGCAGAAGGAUGUCGCCACCGUUAUAGGCACGGUAGAAUAUACCCCGGAGAAAAUAAGCAUCAACAAGUCGAGCGCCUUCCGGGCGGCAAAGACCGUCGAUGACCUGCGCGAACAUCUUUGCGAGUGGUUUGACUUUUACAAAGGCUACGACCCCUUGUUUGACUGGUGGGUGGCCAGUCCCUAUAGUGAGAUUGACGACUCUUUGACACGACUGUCAUCGGCGAUCCGUGAGAAGCUCGUUGGUAUCAAACCUGGCGAUGAGGACGUUAUCGUGGGGGAGCCAAUCUACCGCGAGGGAUUGCUCGCCGAGUUGAAAGCGGAAAUGAUCCCUUACACGCCAGAAGAGAUCAUCGCGAUCGGAGAGAAGGAGUUUGAAUGGUGUAUUAAAGAACUGAAGAAAGCAGCGCAGAGUAUGGGAUUCAAAGAUGACUGGAAAAAGGCACUGGAGGAAGUCAAGAAUGAUUACGUCGAUCCAGGGCAGCAGACACAAUUGGUUAAAAAGCUAGCGCACGAAGCAAUCUCCUUCGUCGAGGAACUUGGCCUGAUCACCGUGCCUCAGAUCGCGAAAGAGACGUGGCAGAUGUUCAUGAUGUCGCCGGAGCGACAGAAAGUGAAUCCCUUCUUCCUGGGAGGGUCAUCGAUCAUCGUGUCUUAUCCGACGGAAACUAUGGACCAUGAGGCUAAGCUGAUGAGUAUGCGUGGAAACAACAUCCACUUUGCUCGCGCGACUGUCUUUCAUGAACUGAUCCCCGGCCAUCGCCUGCAAUUCUACAUGAACGCGCGGCAUCGACCGUACCGGCAACUGUUCGACACUCCAUUCUGGAUUGAAGGGUGGUCAUUGUAUUGGGAAAUGAUUCUGUGGGAUGACGAUCGGUUCGCAAAGACACCGCAGAACCGCAUUGGAAUGCUUUUCUGGCGGUUGCAUAGAUGCGCCCGGAUCGUCUUCUCAAUCAACUUCCAUCUCGGGCGUAUGACAGCGCAGGAGUGUAUUGAUAUGCUUGUCGAUCAGGUUGGGCACGAACGAGCCACGGCGGAAGGUGAGGUAAGAAGGUCACUGGCGGGCGAUUACUCGCCGUUAUAUCAGGCUGGCUACAUGCUAGGAGCCUUGCAAAUUUAUGCGCUGCGAAAGGAAGUGGUCGAGGGCGAGGGAGGUUUCAUUCGGGAGGUGGAUUUCCAUGAUCGGUUUUUGAAGGAGAACCGCAUGCCUAUCGAGCUGAUGCGCGCGUUAAUUUCUGAGAGCCCAUUAUCCAGGGACUACACUCCGUCCUGGAGGUUUUAUCGGGUAUAG